AUGACCGUCAAAACUAUAUUGUGCAUUUUAGCAGUGCUCAUCUGCAUAUGCUGUGGUGAUGAGCCUCCAAGCAGGUUAAAUCUCUUCAGGUUCUUCAUGGGGUUUGGUCCAGAAGUGAACAAUGUCCAGAAGAUAUCUUUUAAUCCAGAGGCUGGUCUACGGUUCCGGGAGCAAUAUGAGAAGAAGUAUGGGCCACGUGGUCAGUUGCUAAUAGAGAGGUUUGGCCAAGGGCUGGGGAUGCAGGGUCCCUCUCUGGUUGAUGUAGAUCAGGUCCUCGAUGUGCCAUUGAAAAACAAGACGAGACAUUACAGAACGUAUGACUUCAAUCCCCCGAGAAAUAAAACAAGACGGGGAAACAAGACGAGGAUUGAAGCAGAUGAUACGACACACAUUCCGGAGGAAAUAGCUCUGCAGUGAAAUCGAGAUAGGGCCGAACUGGAUUUAAAAAUCGAAAUAGGAGCCAAUCUCACACAUUAUUUGGCUUUCAUAAACACCUUUCUUCUAGUUGUGUUCAAUUAACGGAUCCAAGGUUCUGAAAAACUUAAAACUAGAAUACUAAAAUAUCGAUUAAUAAUUUAAGUGAGAUUUUAAAAAAGCUGAAA